CAAAUGGAAUCCUAAUUAGCCUUGCAGCAUGUGGAUUCAAUAUGUGUCUAGUUUGGGUGUCUAAACUAUCAAAGUCUUUGCAAAAAAAUGCAUUCACAAGCCAUAUUUCAAAGUCACCCAGCAGCUGGAAGCUCAUGAUGAAUUCAGCUUAAACCAAACCUUUGCCUCCGUGAUAAACCGCACAAGCAGUGAGGCCCUGGCAGAUAAUGAAGAAAUUAUGGAACAACCAAGUAACAAGAAACAUGUCAAGUGUAACAGACGAGCAGAGGGAAAAACCUUCCAUGGUUAAUGGGUUCGGCAAGACUGAGGCGAAAGUAAUAAUUGAUAAUGGGAAGAAUGAAGUGGAAGAGCCAGCGACAUGGUGGAACAAACUGAGGAAAGUAAUUUCUCCAUUUGUGAUGUCCUUUGGAUUCAGGGUCUUUGGAGUUGUUCUGAUCAUCGUUGACUUUGUUCUGGUGAUUGUGGAUCUGUCUGUCAUUGACAAAAGCAGAGAGGCCACCACUGCAAUAUCAUCCAUUUCUUUAGCCAUUUCCUUCUUCUUUCUCAUUGAUGUGCUUCUACAUAUCUUCGUAGAAGGGUUCCGUCAGUAUUUCAGUUCCAAGCUGAACAUAUUUGAUGCGGCUAUUGUUAUUGUGACACUGCUUGUCACUCUGGUGUAUGCAUUCACAGACUUCAGCGGAGCUACUAAUAUUCCAAGACUGGUAAACUUUCUUCGAGGCUUGAGAAUUAUCAUCUUGGUGAGAAUUCUCCGCCUGGCAUCUCAGAAGAGGCAACUUGAGAAAGUAACAAGGAGGCUGGUCUCUGAAAACAAAAGACGAUAUCAAAAGGAUGGGUUUGACCUGGAUCUCACAUAUAUUACUGAUCGUAUAAUUGCCAUGUCCUUUCCAUCAUCUGGGAAGCAAUCGUUUUAUAGGAAUCCGAUUGAGGAUGUAGUAAGGUUUUUAGACUCCAAGCAUAAGGAUCACUACAAAAUCUACAACCUGUGCAGUGAAAAAGGAUAUGAUCCAAAAUACUUUCACUACCGCGUGGAGCGAGUGUUUAUAGAUGAUCAUAAUGUCCCAGUGCUGGCGGACAUGCUGACUUUCACUGCGAGUGUACGUGCAUGGAUGGCAGAGGAUCCCCAAAAUGUUAUUGCUAUUCACUGUAAAGGAGGCAAAGGACGGACGGGGACCAUGGUUUGCACAUACCUUGUUGACAGUGACCAGUUUGAGAGUGCUGUGGAAAGUUUGGAUUAUUUUGGAGAAAGACGUACUGAUAAAAGUGUAAGCACCAAGUUCCAGGGUGUAGAAACACCUUCUCAGAGCAGGUAUGUUGCAUACUAUGAAGUUCUGAAGAACAAAUUCUGCCGCCAACUUCCUCCAGAGAAACAACUCAAGAUCAGAAGUAUCAAAAUCCACUCUAUACAAGGUGUAGGGAGAAGCAACGGCACAGAUUUAAAAGUUCAGAUAAUAAUGAAGAAAGAAGUAGUGUUCCAGUGCGUCUGUGAGACACAGGAAAACUGUAAGCUGUUUUUUGAUGCUGGAAACAACUCCAUAGUCCUAAGCCUGGAAGGUUUUCCAGUUAUCUCGGGAGACAUUAAAAUAAGAUUUGAGUUCAGCACGAAUCUUCCAAAAGGCUACGAUGACUGUGCCAUCUACUUCUGGUUCAACACAUGCUUCAUAGAAAACAGCAGACUCUACCUUUCCAAGAAUGAGCUUGACAAUCCCCACAAAGAAAAAUCUGGGAAGAUCUACAAAGAGAACUUUGCGGUGGAGUUAAACUUUGAGUCUUGAUUCACUGUUUCUUCAGCACACAGUAGUAGAAGCCAAGUAUCUGAACAUGGCGGAGCCAGCAGGAUUCCUAUUGGAUUACUUCAGUAUGAUAUAUAUAAUAUACAGUUCUGUGUUCUGACCACAUACACAGCCAAUGUGCCAAAGUACUGCCUUUAAUGCAGGUGUCUAUAUGUAAAUAUAACAUUUAAUAACACAAUAUAUACAGUAUGUUUAUGUUACACUUAUUAAUGUACUAGCACCCCUUUUAUAAAUAAUUGUGAAACAGGAUAAUAUUGCAGUUGUCUCAUUGCAUAUUUUCUGGGUAAGGAACCGUCACAUUGUCCACAGUCCAUGGACUUCACCAAGUUGUUACUGUCGAAUCAUCAUUCCCACUUUUGAUUGAACAAUGUACUACCCUUCAAUGCCUUUUUUUAACUUUUAAAUACGCCUUUUUGCUAGACAAACUAUUAAAAUAAAACACACUUUUAUGUGUUUCAGACAGUG